AUGGACAUGGAUAUUAAAAACGCUCUCCUCCGGCUCAACGAUAUCCUGGCCAACCAGCAGCAGCAGAUGGCAGUUCUCCUGCAGAACAACGCAGUUCCCCAGGCUGAGAAGAAGGAUCCCUCAAUCAACGCUGUGUCCCUCCAUCCCAAGCCUCCCGGGAACAAGACGAAGAAGAUGAAGAGCAUCAGUUCGGUGAAACAUGUUGACAUCUCCAAAAAGCGCAAAUUUGCUAAAGUAAAUUUGAACGGUGUCAAUGUGAAGCUCCAACUCGACUGUGCGGCCGACAUCACCAUAAUUUCAACCGAAACCUGGGCUUGCAUCGGGAAACCAACAAUCAACCCUACGGACAUCGUUGCUGUCAGCGCUUCCGGUGACAAGCUCGACUUGAAAGGAGAGUUUAUCACCGAAGUAACCAUCCGGAACGUCUCCAAACAAGGGUGCAUCUACGUGACCAACCACUCCGAUCUCGACGUGCUGGGUAUCGACCUCAUCGAGUUAUUCAACCUUUGGUCAGUCCCCUUCGACUCGUUGGUGAACUCCAUUAAGAAAUCCGAAGACGUGGCACAACGACUGAAGGUUAAGUUUCCCGAAGUGUUCCAGAGUUCCCUUGGGCUUUGUACCAAAGCACAGGUUACACUCUACCUCAAGCCGGAUUCCCGACAAGUAUACUGCCCCAAGCGCCCGGUAGCCUAUGCCGCUCUCCCGAAGGUGGAUGCUGAAUUCCAAAGGCUACAAGAACGCGGUAUCAUUUCUCCAGUGAGGUUCUCCAAUUGGGCUGCCCUCAUCGUCGUGGUUCGCAAAUCGGACAGCGUCUUUGUUCGAAUUUGCGGCGAUUACUCAACUGGUCUCAACGCAGCUCUACAAUCCGACCGGCAUCCUCUGCCUCAUCCCGACGACAUCUUUACUGCCCUGGCUGGGGCACGCAUUUUCUCCCAAAUCGAUCUGUCGGACGCAUACCUCCAGGUCGAAGUGGAGGAAGAAUCACGCAAGCUGUUGACGGUUAACACCCACCGAGGCCUGUUCCAGUACAACCGUCUUGCUCCAGGUGUAAAAUCGGCACCUGGAGCCUUUCAACGCAUAAUCGACUGCAUGGUAGCUGGCAUUCCAGGUGUAAAAACCUAUCUCGACGAUAUUCUGGUAUCCGGACGAACUCAAGAGGAACACGAUCGCAAUCUGGACGCGACCCUUGAAAGGAUUCGUGAUUACGGGUUUCAUCUACGCAUCGAAAAAUGCCACUUUUCUCUUCCUCAGAUUAAAUUUCUUGGUCACAUCAUCGACAAGGAAGGUCUCCGCCCAGAUCCAGCCAAGACUCGUGCGAUCUCUGAGAUGCCGGCCCCCACGAAUGUGCCACAGCUUCGAUCCUAUCUUGGCGCUAUAAACUAUUAUGGACGGUUUGUAGGCCAAAUCAAAGAGCUCCGUGCGCCGCUCGACCGGUUACUGAAGAAGGACGCCCGCUGGGAAUGGACUCCAGAAUGCCAAAGCUCGUUCGACCGCUUUAAAUCCACUCUGCAGUCCGACCUUCUUUUGACACACUUCGACCCUCGGAAGGAAAUCAUCGUAGCUGGUGAUGCAUCCAAACACGGCUUGGGUGCCGUUAUAAUGCAUCGAUUUCCCAACGGUUCCAUCAAACCCAUCGCUCACGCUUCAAGAUCGUUGACACCUGCUGAGGUUAACUAUGGCCAAAUCGAGAAGGAAGCUUUGGCACUCAUCUUUGCUGUCACGCGCUUCCACAAAAUGGUUUAUGGUCGCAGGUUCACACUUCAAACCGACCACAAGCCCCUCCUGAAGGUUUUCGGCAGCAAGAAAGGGAUUCCGGUGUACACAGCAAAUCGACUCCAACGCUGGGCGUUGACUUUGUUGCUCUACAACUUCGAAAUCCAGUUCGUUCCAACCGCAAGCUUUGGACACGCCGAUCUUCUCUCUCGUCUGAUGGAUUCCCACAAGAAAUCGGACGGAGAAUAUGUCAUCGCAGCGAUACAGAUGGAGACAGACUUGAAAACUAUUUUCGAAGGGUCCAUCUCCAACCUGCCGGUUACAUCGGACAUGAUCUCCAAACAAUCAGCAGAGGAUCCAACACUUCAAGAAGUAUUCAACUAUAUCCAGAACGGUGGCCCGAAUCUGCGAAAACAAUCGCCGAUCCAACAGUACGACAGUUUUUCUCCAGACGUGACAGCCUACAAGUUUUUCAAGACUGCAUCAUGUUUGGUGACCGUGUCGUCGUUCCAGCCUGGUGCCGAAAACGAAUACUUCGCCAGCUACACCGAGGACACCCUGGAAUGGAGCGCAUGA